UGAAUUGCAGUUCAUUACUUUUGCAUGAGAUCUGCUUUUUAUCUGUCUUUCCUAAGUCUCAAACUAUAUUAGUUGUUGGGACAUAUCUGUUAUCCAUUUUCUUACAUUCAUAUCACCAAUAUGGCUGGCCGUGACGUUCUCCUCCUCUCCCUCCUUGUCAUCACCAUCUCUGUCGACGUUGCAUUCGCCGACCGUGAACCACACUGCGUCUACACAUUCUACAUCGAAACCGGACCGGUGGACGGUGCCCGCACAGAUUCGAUCAUAAGCGUUAAAAUCUCCGACAAAUCGGGACAGGGCAUUGAUAUCCAAGACAUAGUGACAUGGGGUGGGUUAAUGGGACCAAGUUACGACUACUUCGAGAAAGGCAGUUUGGACAUUUUCAGUGGUAAGGCGCAGUGUCUUCCAAGCCCAAUCUGUUCACUGAGUCUGACCUCUGACGGCUCCGGCGUUUACCCCGCCUGGUAUGUUAACUACGUGGAUCUCACAACGGUCAGUGUUCAUGUAAAGAGUGCACAUCAAUACUUCGAUGUGGAGCAACGGCUUGCGUCCGAUACGCCGCCGUAUAAUCUCACUGUCGUACGGAACAACUGCCAGGUCUCUGAUAGGUUCAAAUAUACUUACAAGAGGAAGAAAGGGAAAGAAGUGGAUUAAAAGACUCUAGUGGAAACAGAAGGUUUACGGUUACAAACUUGAAGAAUAAACAAAGGAGUAUAAAUAGUCAUUGACAUGGUUGUUAGAUCUUUAUCGAUUAAGUACAUUGAUGAUUCUUAGCGAUGAGCUGAGUCUACUCAGGUGAUAGAGUAGUUGAGAUUCUCAGGUGAUAGAGAUCUCCAUUGUUGUACUUAUCGAGCUUACUAUCAAUAUACAUACAUUUCCUCUAU